CUGAUAUGACCGACCGAGACUGAACUGAGCUCAUUCAUAUCGCUUGCGCGAAUAUAAGUUUUGUUAUAUAACAUAUUUUCUUGACCUGUAAAGAAGUGUUUAAUAUCGUUGCCUAGGUCCGGACGGAAAAUCAGUAUCAAAUUAUUCUCUUACAGGCAUAUUUAAUACAAAGCAUACACAUGCUUAUGGUUUCGGUGAACAUGAUGUGUUAAAAAUUUUCCCAUCGAUCAAGCAUUGGUCUCCGAAAUCAGGAAAUCCAGAUGCGGUCGACUGGAUCCAAGAGACUCGUCCCCUUGGCGCUGCUCCUGUUCAGCUGCUGGUCUGGAGUGUUCCUACUAUUGCAGCCUGCUGGGAAGAAAUAUUUCCUCGAAGUUGAUGAGGUGAAGGCCGACGCUGAGUUCCAGGCUCGCCUUAAGGGUCCUGUGCACUACGACGACCCCGCGCUCCUCGACCUCAUCAAAUCCAAGUACAUGGAUCCUCCUUCCUCGUUGCCAUACAAUCUCAAAAACGAUACCGAAUACAAGGAUUAUGAAACCUUGGGCAUGUACGUGGAAGCCAUGAAGGUGGUUCGCCAUUACCUCCAUAACAAAACCAAUGGAAUAUUCGUGGAGGCGGGAGCUUUGGAUGGUCAGUAUCUCUCCAACUCCCUCGAGCUCGAAAAAAAUCAGAACUGGACGGGUUUGCUGGUCGAAGCAAGCUACAUGAACUACAAGAGCAUCCUUCUGAAGAACAGGAAAGCGUGGGUGUCUCACUCAUGCCUGGCAGUGCAUCCUUACCCUCAUACCGCAAUUCUAGGUAACAUUAUCCCCUCGAUGUCGGCCAACGUGGCCAUUGAGUACGAAACCCCGGGCUGGGAUCUGUUCGUAAAAGGACAGAGCGCUCUGCUGCAGUCAAGGACUUCUGAGGAACGCUUACAUCAACAUGACGCGUCGUACGAGAGCGUGCAGUGCUUCCCUCUGGCGUCGUUGCUGCUGGCCCUCAACUACACCAAAAUAGACUACUUCUCUCUCGAUGUUGAAGAUGUUGAAGACGAGAUCCUAGACAACUUCCCGUUCGACCGCAUCACAGUGGACUUGUGGUACAUCGAACACCGCUACCCCAACACCAGCAUCUAUGAAAUGGGGCCCGGAGAGGACCUAGUCUUUGUAUCUAAGUUCGAGAAGCGCGGCUACACGUUCGUCCCAACCGCUGGUGACUACGUCUUCAUCCGCAACGACUCAGAAUACAUGAAGAUGGCGGUGUACCAGAGACCUGUCAUCACGAGUAUAGUGACGGUGAUGAAAGAAUUUGUCACCGAAGUGCCUAUAACAUGAAGUAUUUUAUUUCAUUAUCAUGUUUAGAGAGAAUAUUAGGUGGUGAAACUAAUCAUGUUUUGUAAUCUAAACUUGCUGUAAAGAAAACUUUGAGUUUAUUUGGAUGAUAUUGGUAGAUGAGAUGAUUCGAUACAGUAUCAAGUUUAAUGAUGUUGGGAUUCUGUUAAUGGACAAUGAUAAUUCUAAAGCAUGAUAUGACUAAAUGGUGAUCGUGGGUCGUGAGACAAACUGUGAACAAUGUAAUUUAGGAGCAGCUAGAAACUAUAAAAGACAUGUCGAGCUCAUAAUGCUCACCGAGGAGGGUCGGGGUAGAAAUAAAAGAUUUUAAAUGAAGAAACGAGGUACGAAAUUCAACAAGAUUCGAAAUGACGACGUACGAACUGCAGGGUUGCCAGAUGGCCUAAAAAACGACCAAGUCCGCGAACAAGAAAAGCUAAAAAACGCCUAUAACUCAAUAUAUACUAGUAUAUUUGUAUA